UCAUCAACGAAGGUUAUUUCCGGAACAAGCCAGAAUUAUUAUUAUUCCUUCGUGGAAUUCCGCGCAAGCUUAAACACGUUCUAGUCUGAAUAAUCGUUAAAUAUUAUUAAGGUGCCACUACCACGAAGUUUACACAGUGCAACGCCAGUGAGUGCAUAGAAAACAUGGAGCAAGUACUUAACAAAAGUUUUUUGGACAAUUCUUGGUAUAACCUCAGGCUUGAAAGUGAAAGCUCAAGAACCUCUGAGGGAGAUUCUGAGAGUGUUCUUAGCGUACAAGGCAAAGAAACUGACUUGGCACAAGAUACGCCUGAUACUGACACAAAAUCUGAAUACAGUUCAGAUGAAGACCUUUAUGAAGUUGAAUAUGAAGUUGCAAGUCUCUCUGGAGAUGAUAAUCCUCUUGCAGAAGACACCUCAAGUGGAUCAGAGGAUAUGUUGGUGGGAGCAGCAAUAGCAGCUGCAAUUUGUGAUGCCUCAAUGGAGGCUUGGAUAACAGACGGAGAAGAUUCAGAUACCUCAUUGGAGGAGAUAGGACUUGGCCAGACUGAUUUUUUAACUUGCAUUCAGUGCAAGUCUCAAAACGACAACCCUAGAUUCAGUUAUUGUGAAAAAUGUUUCCAGGCCAGGAAGACGUUAUUUCCGCCGAGGCCCCGCCGUGUCCGUCCCCGUAAUAAGAAAGCCGCCGCCGUCGAUAAAAGUGUGAAAGGAAAGCCGCCCAUCGCUGUGGCAAACCUGCGUUCCUGUUUGAGCGGCCUGUCCCAGGACUCCGGAGUGGGAUCGAGCCAAGAGCUGCCGAAACUCAAUCUGGAGGAGAUCGUGGUCCCAAAACACCUAAGCAAUCGAUUAGCUACCACCAACGAUCGAAAAAGGACCGUGAGUGAUGGAUCCGAUAGCUUGUUUUCUGACACCGACCAGGAAAUCAACUGCCGGAAGCGGGCCAACAAAAGAAGCUUAAACGACGAUACUCUCAUGGAACCCAAUAAGAAAGCUAAAGUCGAUACCAACAACCCAGAAGACGUCAAAAACGACAAACGAAACGUCCCAUCCGUUUUUGUGGUCAAUAACGAGUGUGUCCCUUCGUGUAGUGGCUUGGGGACCAUGGAAAGGGUCGAAAAGGGCACUACAACUGUGGUGCAUAGCGCACGUGUCGAACAGGUCCAUAAUGGGAGGGAAGAACCCAUGGUUGGGGUUAAAGAUAAUAGUAGCUGUGUUAGCGUGGAGAAGGGGGGGCAAUUUAACGGGACGGUACCGAUAAGGGGCGAAAAGCCUGCUGUCCUUUCGGAACCUAGAGAAUUGUGCAUUGUGUGUAACUCACAGCCGAAAAAUAGUAUUUUCUUGCACGGUAAAACGGGUCACAUGUGUUGUUGCUAUAGAUGCGCAGUAAGGACGUGGCACGCGUGUAAAAGCUGCCCCAUUUGCAAAAUGAAGGUGCAGAAUGUUGUGAAGGUGUUCGUUUGCAGUUAGGUUUCGUUAUCUUUUAGUGAAUAUGUAAUAAAAUAGGAAGAAGUACAGAGAAGAUUAAUAUAUUCAAGUCUUGUACAUACAUACGUAGAUGUUAGUGUCUAUCUAGAACUGAACUACUACAGCAUUUAUUUAUUUUUUGUUUGAGUUUCAGUUUGUCAUGUAAUAGUAGAAUGAAAGGCAGCGGAAUUUAAGGGACCGUAGGGGAGGGGGGGCUUUAGUUUUCUUUAUUUUACGGUUAAUCAUGCUUGGGUUUGGGAACUUCGUUUUCUACAUUUAAUUAUGCAGAAAAUUGUAAGUGAUUGCAAGGAGAGUGCACGGGAAUUUGCAUAUUUUUAUUGCUUAGUAAUAAAAAGAAACAAAGAUGCAAGUUUAAUUAACUCCGAGUUAAAAUUUCCUUUAUGUGACGUUCAGUUGUUGUGCAAUCGUUUUUCGAGUACUUUUUAUUAAAUGUAUACUAUGCGUAGAUUGAAAUAAUUCAGAAAUGAUAUUUUUAUUUUUAGAGCGAUUUAAAUUUUUCGGUUUUACAAUUGUUUUGUUUGAGGGGGGCGCGAAAGGACGAGUGUGUUGUUGUGCUGAAGCCAAAUUUCCUUAAAAUUGGUACAAAAUUUUCCUUUUGUAAUUACUUUUCUCUACUGUUGUUAAUAAAUAGUAUUCUCUUCAUUUGGCAA